AUGGCCGAGACCGCUGCCGAAGUCAAGCUCUUUAACAAGUGGUACGUGUGCAUGGUCGAUCCGGGCGAGGCCCUCUACUUGUUGACCACGGGUGCCCGCGAAGCCUCGUUCCGCAACGUCAAGACCAUCGCCGAAUGCUUGGCCGAUGAGUUGAUCAACGCCGCCAAGGGCUCGUCCAACUCGUACGCGAUCAAGAAGAAGGACGAAGUCGAGCGCGUCGCCAAGGCCAACCGGUAA